GCCCUGCAGUACGAGAACGAGUUCGGGGGCAUCCGUUCACAGGGGGAUCAGGAGUACUUCGAUCUCAUGAGGAAUACCAUCGAUAAGAGUGGGUUCAAAGAGUUGUUGACUAACUGUGACGGCGGGGCCACACUCGUCACAGCACUUAAGACCAUUCAAAAAGGCGUUUUAGAGACGGUUAACUUUAACUCGGAUUCAUUAAAGCAAUUGACUGCAUUACGCCAAGCACAACCUAAUAAACCGCUAUACGUAUCAGAGUUUUGGCCAGGCUGGUUUGACUACUGGGGUGGCGGUCACGCCCACUACGACGUCAAGAAGUUUGAGAAGGAGGUAACGGAUGUG